AAUUUUAUUUAAUUGUUUGAAAAAGAUAUGAAUGUUCAGACUUUUGAAUGAAUUUAAGGCAUUAUCCCUCUAUAUAUAAAUGUCCAAUAUUUUCCCUGAUUUGAAAUGAAAAAGAAAAUGCAAUAUUUAUCUGUAGUCGUUUUUCCUUAUUAAAUUAAAUUUAAUUUCCUAAAAUUGUUUUAGCUAUUUUCCAAUGAUAAAGCAUAUUAAAACGUUUCAAAUCCUUGAGGAUAAUAUACCUUUAGGUAAAUGUCAUACCGUCAGUGAAUUAAAUAAAUUGAUUAGUGACAAGUAUUGUAGAGUUAAAUCUAAAAAACAGCUUACAAUGCAAGGUAGAGAUUUGCUACAAGUUUUAACUAAUAUGAAACUUGUUAUUAAGUAUUAUUUUACACCAAAAAAUAAAAAAGUCAUUGCAUCUAAAUACUUUGACAAAUGUGCUGAAAUUGACUUUCAUCGAAAGAUUGUGAUGAAAUACACUUGUUGGUCUCAAGAAAAGUGUUACAGCGUGGUCAAAUAUCCUGAUGUACCUAUCGAAUUGGGUCAUUUUACCAAGUUGGAGCUUUCUCUGUUGUUCAGACUCUAUGAGAGUGGUUUUGUUCGAGAGGCAAUCGGUUUCUUGGAGAAACUUGAUGAGCGCCCUGUGAAUGUUGAACCACAAUAUAGGGUGCUGAAACGCAGAAGAAUGAGUAAGGACAUUGGUUUCAAGCAGAAAUCGUAUGGGUCUUACUCCAAUCCAAUCGAUGUUAUCGAGCUGUGAGUCUCUUUUUCACCCGAUAAGAACAAGGUUCAUGUUCAUUUUUUUUAGGUCACGUGAACCUGUAAUUUAAUGACUUGAUGACGUUUUUGUUGUUUUUUUUGUAAUUCUCAACACGUUUGAAUGUUGUUGGAUGGAGUUUGGUUUUUGUGAUGAGACGAAUGGUUUGUUCGUCUCUGCGCUGACCCGUUUUUGUUUUUACGGAUUCAUUCGUUUGAAACCAUUCCGUUCUUAGCGAGAAAUCUUAAUAGCAUUUAUUUUGUGUAUACUUUUUUUAUAUUUUAGAUUAUUUUAUUUCAUUCUAAUAAUACAAUACCUUGCUUUUUUUU